AAUAUGCAGUUUCAAUGCUUCCUAUUUCAUAUUUGUAAGCUUUUACUAUUGUUCUCAAUUACAGAAUCAUAAUUAUGGGAAACAGUUGUGGGAAAAGGAAGAUGGUGACUGUGCUGAGCAUUGAUGGUGGUGGCAUUAGAGGCAUAAUUCCAAGCGUUCUUCUUGCAUCCCUUGAAUCCAAGCUUCAAGAACUGGAUGGACCAAAUGCAAGGAUUGCAGAUUAUUUCGACAUUGUUGCAGGAACAAGCACAGGUGGAUUGAUAGCCACCAUGCUUACAGCUCCCAACAAGGACAAUGGACGACAACCUUUGUAUGAGGCAAAGGACAUCACCAAGUUCUAUUUAGAGCAUUCCCCUAAGAUUUUCCCACAAGACAGCAGCAUAAAUACAUCGACGGGACCCAAAUACGACGGAAAGUACCUAAGAUCACUGAUAAACCAAUUACUAGGAGACAUUACUCUAAAACAGGCAUUGACUAAUCUUGUUUUACCAACUUUUGAUAUCAAGCUUCUUCAGCCAGUUAUCUUCUCAACCAAUGAUGCAAAGGUAAACGAUUGGAAGAAUGCUAAACUAUACGAUGCAUGCAUCGGUACCUCAGCUGCUCCGACUCUUCUACCGGCACACCACUUCGAAACAAAGGGUUCUGAUGGCAAAACUCAUAGCUUUGAUCUCAUCGACGGUGGAGUUGCUGCAAACAACCCUACUCUGAUAGCUAUCAGCCAUGUUCGGAUGGAGAGUUUCAAGCAAAACGCGAAAUUUAAUGAUAUUGAACCAAUGGAUAACAAGAGGAUGCUCGUGCUUUCGCUCGGAACCGGUAUUGCCUCCAUGGAUGCACCAAAGUAUGAUGCAGUUACAGCCAAUAAUUGGGGAAUGUUGGACUGGAUCUUCCUCAAUGGGAACACACCACUUCUUGAUGCUUGUGGGCAAGCGAGUUCCGAUAUGGUUGAUUUUCAUGUUUCUGCUCUUUUCCGAACCUCUAGGUGCAAAGAAAAUUAUCUUCGCAUUCAGGAUGACUCGUUGACCGGCGCAACAUCAACAGCUGAUAUUGCAACCGAGGAGAAUCUGCAGAAGCUUGUGGAGAUUGCAAACGAACUCUUGAAGAAACCUGUUUCGAAGCUGAAUUUUGAGACCGGGAGACUAGAGGAAGAUGAAGGACUCACAACAAAUGAAGAAGCUCUUGCUAAAUUUGCCAUCAGACUCCAUGAACAACGAUGUUUUCGUCUUAGUGCCUAAGGGCAUGCAAGAAAAUUGAGAUUUUUCCCCUUGGAAAAUGUUGUCUUUGAAUAAAAACUUGGGAGUUUGCUUGUUUGUUUCGCCUCUAAAUAAAUCGAGAAACUAAAGUUUUCUCGAAGAUUAAGCUAUGUCUAUCAGACUUAAUAUAAAUAUAUAUUCGAUACGGUAUAUUCAUUUA